AUGGAAUCCAAUCAAAAAACUAAUGAAGAAGUUAAGGAGUUAACGGAGAGUGUGCAGGGCACUGCGAAGGCCACCAAGAAGAAGAACAAGAAGUCGUCCGGUACCCUGCUCAAAGCGCGCUACCUGAGGGCGAAAUUCAUUCUGGCAAAGAUUGCCAAGAAUGAACAAGCCGGUAAAGCGCACGAGCGGGACGCUGAGGACCGGGUGAACUACGAGGCCGCGACCAGAGAGUACGAGGCCGCGACCGCAGCAAAACUAAACCAGCCACAACAACAAUCACAACAACAGCCUAAAUCGGCUAAACGUAACCGCUCACAGGAGGUGAGUGGACGUGAGGCCAAAAGGAGCAAAUACUCCUCAACCCAGGGGACUGAGGGCCCUACAACCAGUGCGGCAGGCGCGGCCUCGAAGGCGGCUUACAGUGAGGUGGCCAGAGACCAUCUCCAAGUUGCCCUCGUGGACGCAAAAACUAAUAGUGGAAGGGCGGUGUUACCCCUUUGGGAUGCUAUUGAGGGACGGCUAUCGAGUAUGGUCGUCAGACACCUCAUAGACAAAAAAGGGCCAGCACCUCUCUUCGACUCUGGUGAAAUCUGUCGAAGCUGUAGGGUUAUAAAAUGUGCCAACCAGUACUCGAAAGAGUGGUAA